AUAAGAAUGUGAGGGGAAGAGAACAAGCUUUUGACACCAACAAACUCAACCUUAGGUUGAGCAGACACCUCGACCCUUGGUUUAUUAACACCCAGACACUACUAGACAAACACCUUGACACCUCAAUAAACUCCCCGCGAUUAUGACAAAAGGAUUGCUGAACAGUGCUAAGGAGAAGGGGGAGAGGUUGAGGGAGAAGGGAGGAAAGAUGGCGGUCAACGUAAAGAAGGAAGUCAGGAUUAGUGAGAUCAGAACAGCCAUCAGAUCUAGGGAACUUUGGAAAAUGGCGAUUAGAACUCUUCUACUUGUUAUGUUUUACUUUGCUACCUCAAUAGGUCUCACAUUCUACCAGAGCUACCUUCUCAAGAAAAUCCACUUCCCGAUGUUGAUUGUUAGUGUUCACUUCCUGAUCAAGUUGUUGCUAGCUUGGGUGUCAAGAUUGUGCUAUAGACUGGUCACGGGCAACAUCAGGAUAACAAUAGGCUGGAGGAAUUUUAUUGGUCGUGUUGGUCUGGUAGCUCUAGUAGCAUCCUUGGAUAUAGGGCUGUCACAGUGGAGUUUAGAAUACAUUCAGGUUGCUUUGUAUACAGUUACAAAAUCAACUUCUAUUAUAUUCAUUCUGUUCUUUGCAAUUAUCUUCGGAGUAGAGAGAAAGCACUGGUCCCUCAUAUUUAUCGUGCUGACCAUCGCUACUGGCCUGAUCAUGUUCACCUACAAGUCAUCAGACUUCAACAUCAUUGGGUUCUUCAUGGUUCUUUCAGCAAGUUUCCUGUCUGGAAUACGAUGGACCCUUUCUCAGCUGAUUAUGCAGAGAUCUAACCAGGAGCUCUCCAACCCAAUAGAUAUGAUCUUCCACAUUCAGCCCAUCAUGUUCAUCACCAUUCUUCCCUUCGUCAUCGGGUUCGAGGGUCCCAACCUGAUCAAUAUGCUGGGAAAUAUUAAGGAUUAUAAUAUGAGCGAUAUUACACUUGAUGCGUCAGAGAUUGUUGCUGGUAAAUUAUUUAUAUCUUUUAUCUCUUUUUCUUACCACCUCAAACUAAGCUAUUGGUACUUACGGACUUAUUACUACAGAAACAAUGCCCAAGAAAAGGGGCUGCUAACGAUGAGCCUGGCUGUAAUCUACCAAUCUACCGAUCUAUCUGUAAUCAACCUGAUUGGUCUAAUGGUUUGUCUACUCGGGAUAUCUAUGCAUGUUCUCAAGAAAGCCACGGAGACUCAGAGGGUCAAUAAGUCUUUUGAGUAUAAGAGUGGGAGGAAAGGAGAAAUAGAUCUACCCUUGCUCUCCGACUCAGAUAUGGAUUCAGAGGAGGAACUAUACAGAGGAUCUAGUGGGGAGAAAAGGAAGUUCUCAUUUAAAGAGGAUAUACUGCUACGAGAUAACCGUGAAUGGACGAGUGUCCGGGAUAUGCAUGUCGAGAGCGCCCAGGAGAUGCAGGACAGCCAGUCCUCCUCCUACCGUCUAGAGGACAGCAUGAGGAUGGAGGAGAUCAACGAGAACGAAAACGAGGAUGCCCUGAUGGAGGCUGACAAGUUGCUACAUCAGUUGGAUCUUCUGUCCUCCAGUUAAAAUAAUCUAAACCUCGAAAGAACUGAAGGCGUAAUUCCAAGUAACCUUCCAUUCAUAGAGUUAAAUGUUCGAUUCACAAUUGUUUAAUUGUUUUAAAAGACAAUAUUUUUAGGGAACCGUUUUUUAUCGAACAUGCCAACACUCUACAAAUGUAGAGUCACAUGAAAUUACGCCUGCAGUCUCUUUAAGCUAAAUGUUUAACAAUCAAAAUUAAGAAAUUUUACUUCCAUUGUUGUUGUGUUUUUCCUGGUGUUAAUGUAAACAAACAUUAUGAAAUUUACAUUUCAUUGUUGGAUGUGAUGAAGGCCUAAAAAUGUAAUUAUUGCAUUAGUAACUGAUUGUUGUCUGCAUUUUCCUUAGCUCCUGUGAUACCUAUUUUUCAUCAGCACUUUUUAUACAUUUGCACAUUUCUAUCUUGUAAUCAUAAAAAAAUAUUUUUAUAUUUCCUUGGGAUUAAAUUGAUCAUUGGUUUGAAUAAAAAAUAUUUGGCCGCUUU